AUGUCAAGGUCGGGCCAGCACGGGGAGCCGUCGACAGUGACGGCGGUGGUACGAGGACAGGGGGAGCUGAUCGGGCUGCUGAAGGCGGGCGGGUACGACAUGGACGAGCGGACGGAGGACGGGAGGACAGGGCUGCAUGUAGCGGGGAUGCUGGGGAGGGCGGGGAGCAUGAGGGAGCUGAUAGAGGCAGGAGCAGAGGUAGGAGCGAAGGACGAAGAAGGGAAGACGAUGGUACACUGGGCGGGGGAGUAUGGGCAUGUGGAGGUGCUGAAGACGGUAGAGGAAGAAUGCGGGAAAGAGACUCUGAGGACCUUGAUGGUGGACAAGGACAAGCACGGCAUGACAUGCGCGCACUGGGCGAGUGAGGGAGGGCACUUGGAGGUAGUGCGGUAUGCUGCAGAGACAUGCGGGGAGGAGGUGCUGAGGGAGAAGGACGAAGACGGCAAGACAUGCGCGCAGUAUGCGAGUGCUGAAGGGAACUUGGAGGUGCUGCGGUAUGUUGGGGAGACAUGCGGGGAGGAGGUACUGAGGGAGAAGGACAAUAACGGCAAGACAUGCGCGCACUGGGCGAGUGAGGGAGGGCAGUUGGAGGUGCUGCGGUAUGCUGUAGAGACAUGCGGGGAGGAGGUACUGAGGGAGAAGGACUUUGACGGCAGGACAUGCGCUCACUGGGCGAGUCUCAGAGGGCAGUUGGAGGUGCUGCGGUAUGUUGGGGAGACAUGCGGGGAGGAGCUGCUGAGGGAGAAGGACAAUGACGGCUGGACAUGCGCGCACUGGGCGAGUGAGGGAGGGCAGUUGGAGGUGCUGCGGUAUGCUGUAGAGACAUGCGGGGAGGAGGUGCUGAGGGAGAAGGCCAAGCACGGCAGGACAUGCGCGCAUACGGCGAGUCUCAGAGGGCACUUGGAGGUAGUGCGGUAUGUUGUAGAGACAUGCGGGGAGGAUGUGCUGAGGGAGAAGGACAAGCACGGCAAGACAUGCGCGCGCUGGGCGAGUCUCGGAGGGCACUUGGAGGUGCUGCGGUAUGUUGUAGAGACAUGCGGGGAGGAUGUGCUGAGGGAGAAGGACAAGCUCCGCUGUCUUGGGCUUUUAUACACGUAA